GUUUACACGCCUCUGCUAGCUGGACCUGCGACACCAGAGUGGCUCAGGGCGGCUGCCCGUACGUAGGCAAUGCCUGAGGCUAUGGAAUCCCCUGGAGAGCCCUGAGAGCCACACGCACUGCCUUGAAGGGAUCGCCAGAAGUUAGCCCCAAGGGCUCAGAGAAGCUCUCUGCUCUACGACUAUGGCUGGUGAUUCUAGGAAUGCUAUGAAUCAAGACAUGGAGAUAGGAGUCACCUCCCAGGACCACAAGAAGAUCCCCAAACAGGCUCGGGAUUACAUCCCCAUUGCCACAGACCGCACUCGCCUGCUGCCGGAAGGCAAGAAGCCACGCCAGCGCUACAUGGAGAAGACCGGCAAGUGUAACGUGCACCAUGGCAACGUUCAGGAAACCUACCGCUACCUAAGUGACCUCUUCACCACCCUGGUGGACCUCAAAUGGCGCUUCAACCUUCUGGUCUUCACCAUGGUCUACACCAUUACUUGGCUAUUCUUUGGCUUCAUCUGGUGGCUCAUUGCUUAUGUUCGAGGUGAUCUGGACCACGUGGGUGACCAAGAGUGGAUCCCUUGUGUUGAAAACCUUAGUGGCUUUGUGUCUGCUUUCCUGUUCUCCAUUGAGACCGAAACAACCAUUGGGUAUGGGUUCAGAGUCAUUACAGAGAAGUGUCCCGAGGGGAUCAUUCUCCUUCUGGUGCAGGCCAUCCUGGGCUCUAUUGUUAAUGCCUUCAUGGUGGGUUGCAUGUUUGUAAAGAUCAGCCAACCAAAGAAGAGAGCAGAGACCCUCAUGUUCUCCAACAAUGCUGUCAUCUCCAUGCGGGAUGAGAAGCUGUGCCUCAUGUUCCGGGUAGGGGACCUCCGAAACUCCCAUAUUGUGGAGGCCUCCAUCCGCGCCAAGCUUAUCAAGUCCCGGCAGACCAAAGAAGGGGAAUUCAUCCCCUUGAACCAGACCGACAUUAACGUGGGCUUUGACACUGGUGACGACCGCCUCUUCCUGGUGUCCCCCCUCAUCAUCUCCCAUGAGAUCAAUGAGAAGAGCCCUUUCUGGGAGAUGUCUCGUGCUCAGCUGGAGCAGGAAGAGUUCGAGGUUGUGGUCAUACUAGAAGGGAUGGUAGAAGCCACAGGCAUGACUUGCCAAGCACGGAGCUCCUACAUGGAUACAGAGGUGCUCUGGGGUCACCGAUUCACACCAGUCCUCACCUUGGAAAAGGGCUUCUAUGAGGUGGACUACAACACUUUCCACGACACCUAUGAGACCAACACACCCAGCUGCUGCGCCAAGGAGCUGGCAGAAAUGAAGAAGAAUGGUCGGCUCCUCCAGUCCUUUCCCAGUCCUCCUUUGCUUGGGGGCUGUCCCGAGGCUGAGAAAGAAGCAGAGGCUGAGCACGAUGAGGAGGAGGAACCCAAUGGACUGAGUGUGUCCCGGGCAACAAGGGGCUCAAUGUGAAGCCUGUGUGCUACCCAGAGCCUCUUCCUGCCAGACACCAAGGAGCCUGGGAGGCCAGAGAGGCCAAUUAGUUGAGCAAGCUUUGUGGAAUCCCAGGAGUAUGGGACCACUACAAAGAACAGUGUGGUGAGGCCUCGCCUCUCCUCCUCAGGGCCUCGGAGCAAGUGGCGUUGCCUAGGCCUCCCAAGAAGUGUUUUCUCGGCCUCUGUGAAGGAGAGCAUUAGGGGUCACCAGGGUGGGCUUCCCAGGGAGGAGUUCUAAGGUGUCAUCCAUCCUCUCUCUGACUGAUGAAGCCUGCUCACUGGCCUCCCUGAUUCUCUGUCUCCUCAGCACAAUCACUGAGGCCUGUGAAGGGAGGGACGUAAUUCCAUCCAUGGAUACUCAGGCCUCCAACCGGGGAUGAGUUCACAGAGGCCUUCCAGGGGCAAUGCCCUUCAGUCUGAGGCCAAAACCCACUGAUUUAAUAGCUUCUUAGCAAGGCCCCUUGUUCACCUCUGAUACUACCUAGUGUGUGUUUUCCUCUUCUGUGUCCUCUUCCAUGGACACUAUGGCUUACAGGGUAAUUGAUUUAAUUAGAGUGGCCCUAGGACACUGAGUACCUAGGAGCACACACAAUGUCGUCCUCACAACUGCCUGGCAUUCCUACUCACACUGUGCCCUGCACUUCAAAGGAGAGACACAGCAGUUGUGGCUUUUGUAGGAGUGUGUGGUACAAGAACUUCAAAGAACCGACCUCUAAAGCGGUCCCCGGGAACAUGUGAAUUUCAGAGAGCCAGAUUAGCUCAUUGGUACUAACAUAGGGAUGGCAGACAGGAAAGAGACACAAGGAUAAUUUUAAAAUAAGUAUCUGGAGCCUGGUGUUGUGAUGCAUGCCUGUAAUCCUAGCAUUUGGCAGGCUGAGGCAGAAUUGAGAAUUUGAAGCCAGCCGGGGCUAUAUAGCCCUGUCUGAAAAAAGCAAGAGACAAACUACAACCAAGGAAACAUCCGCCACAGUUGUUGCAUGGGGGCUCCUCGGAGAAAAGUAGGCUAUGAAACACAAGUGACAAGAGGCCAUAAAGGCCUCUUCACUGCCAAGCCAAGUGUGGACCAGAGUCUUGGGCUGCCGCUGAGAUGCCUCUGGGCCUCCCUCCUAUGGAACAGCUCCAACAUGGUGGCGGGACCUAGAGGGAAGACCCUGAGAACAGGAUGAGAGUUGGUGGGUGACUAGGGAAAGAAGAGUCUAAGUGUGGAGCAGAGCCUUGGGGUCCACAGCCUCAGAGACCUUUCUCUUACAGUCUAGGAGAUCUGAUGGUCAGACAGUGAAGCAUUAUGUUGAAAACAAAGUUGGCCUGGUCUUGGGAAUAUGCUAGCAUGAUCCCCAACACCUCUACCCGGGUGUUCAUGGCUCUCAACCAGCCUCUGAGAAUAGAAGCACCUAGAGAACUUUCUCUGGCAUCGCCAAGGAGAUGAGACGCUAAGGUAGGCUAGGGAACAGCAUCCUAACCUCAGGCCUUGUUCCCCUUAGACUGGGUGCCCAGGUCUCUAGGCUGGUGAGAAGGUGUCCUAGGAUGGAUAGCUACAUUGUGGACCAGACACAGAUAGAAGAGGGGAACCUUGACUUGUUAUCUGGGCUGAAUCUUGAAAGACGGUCUAAAGCCAGUGGUUCUCAACCUUCCUAAUGCUGUGACCCUUUAAUAUAGUUCCUCAUGUUGUGAUGACCCCAAUCAUAAAAUUAUUUUUGUUCCUAA